CGAGAACUGACCAACAACAGCGACAGGCAUGAACACCACGAAGAUCAUACGAUCGCCUGUAGACGACGCCUUUGUUUGAGGAGGCAUGGACGGCGGCGGUGAGUCUCAUGGUUCGCAGCCGGUGACGGCCAAACUGCGCGCUUCUCGUCGACGCCCGCCCCGGGCUUCACGUGCCUGCGAGACCUGCCGGGUGCGCAAGACCAAGUGUGACCAAGCUCAGCCGUGUUCCUAUUGCGCAUACCAUUCGCUAGAUUGCUUUUAUCGCGCUGCAGGACCGAAUGAGACCUCUUCUGCAGCUAAGCGACAGGCCCAAAUACGAGAAGCGCAAAGACCGAAAACCCGCCCAUCGCCGUGGCCGGAUGUGAGCCAGGGUAAUCAACAUGCCUCCCAGCAAAGUGACUCCCCAGACCACUUUCCUCACCGGCUUCCGCGAGGUGCUGGCAAUAUCAGUGCGAGUUCACCGAGUGUUUUCACCCCUAAGCGGGAUGACGACAGUAUAGCCGCGGCCACACCAGAACUGUGCGACUCGGCAUCCAGAGACGGCUUGAGUGGAGUCAACCUUCAUACCAAUGGCACCGAGUUCUAUGGCACUUCCUCGAAUCUUGCGUUUCUGGGAAACCUGUACGCUCGGGCUCGUAACCAAGCAGAAACAAAGGCGUUGACUAUACCUGACAACGAGACCUCUUAUCAUUCACAUGAAGGUUCCAACCCGGCAUUCAGUUCAUUACAGUCCGAUAAGACUGGCUUGAACCAUUUGUCACCGAAUUCUCCUGCGGACAGGCAGUCGGAUGGGUCACAGACUAACAAGGCACAAUUAUCCAUUGUGAAUCUGCUGUAUAAUCCGAAGUACCCUAGCCACUCCCCACCGGAAGUCAACGGCAGGGCCGAAGAUGAUAGACAGGGAGGAACAGCAAACGCCGAGGGCCCUAGGAAUAACGCGCCAAGCCAUGUAGAUCAUCAUUAUGAAAUGGCUCCAGUCAUUGACAAGCUUUCGGAUGAGGCGCAACUCGAAAUCGAGAAGAUGUUCAUCAGCAGUUACUUCUCGAACAAGCACUAUAUCCAUCCCAUGCUGUCCAAAACCAGCUUUAUGCGGCGUUGCGAGAAUGAAGCUUUUUUGUUGCCGAGACGGCCUGGCUUCUACCGCGGCAUAUCUGAAUUCUCAGGGCUCUAUUUCGCCGUGGUUGCCCUAGGGGCUAUCAAUGCAAGUCCUCACGAGACGGCUCUGCUUGACCAUUACUGCAGCUACCUCCCGAGCCUGGGGAAGCCUGGUACUGUAACCAGACCUUCGUCUCUGGAUUUUGCAGAUUACUACUUUGGAAAGGCAAAACAAGCCCUGGGAGAUUUGUUCGAGAGCUGCAGCUUGGAGAGUGCGCAGGCACUUUUGCUACUGAGUGUAUUCUGUCAAAAUGCGUUACGGCCGCAUAGCUGCUUUAUGUACAGUGGCAUGGCAGUAAGGACAGCGGUUGCCAUAGGGCUGGCGUCGGGAAUGUCAUCUGUGUCCCCUGAUGCGCGGAGGGAGGGUAGACGAACCUGGUGGUGUAUAUAUUCUCACGAAAUCGAGAUGUGCUGUUCCUCGGGCCGUUUAGACAGCAUGAAGGAACUCCAGUAUUACCAAGUCCCAAUACCAACACUAAAGGCUACGUCUGGCAAUCCACUUGAUCCCGAUGCGGAGGACGACCACGUUGGUAUGAUCCCAGCGAUGGUAGCUUUGGCACAAAUCAUGUCCGAAGCAUCCCAUCUUCUUUAUCAUUCGCCAAAGCGGUCUAUGGUGGAGAUGUCUCAGAUUGCAAUGAGUUUGGACAGCAAGUUGCUUACAUGGAAAACUACCCUGCCACAUUUCUUGGACAUUGAUGCGGCUUCACUUAACGACACCGAGUGGGCUUUCAAGCAGAAAUUGGUAUUAAGGCUACGAUUCUACAACACACGGAUCCUGAUACAUCGCCCAUUCCUCGCCGCAUCAGCAUCCAGCACCGAGUUCUCCAAUCUACUCCAGCACCUCCACACCUGCCUUGAUGCUGCGAGAACCAGCAUCCAGAUGCAGUAUGAAUCUUUCCUACAUAGGAUUUACAUACGAACUUGGUGGUAUAAUACGACAUAUGCACUAUAUGGGGCGAUGAUUUUGCUCCACCUGGUUCUAUCCGGGUUCCCAAGUAUCCGCGACGAAGAACUUCUACUAGAUGUCGAGAAAAGCUUAGACAUAUUCGAGUCGAUGAACAACAUCGUGGUCACUCGCCGAUGUGCCGAGAUGAUCCGAGAAGUUCUUGAAGUUGCGCGAGCGUGUGUGGCCCGUCGUCGUGCCUUGUUAUCAGCUCCAGCUUCAGCAAUUGCUCCCAAUUCGGGCACGACCUUCGGUCUAGAUACUGCCGAUCCAGCAGUGAACAACAGAGACCUCACCGGGAUGGUCCCGUCCGGCGUGGAUAGCGAUUUUUUCUUCUCGCUGUUCAACCAGGAUUCGCAGCCGAACACUCGGGCGGAGAUACUGGCUAAUUUGGUUGACCCGACGAUCCUCGAGGACUUCGCUUUUGGCACUGGAGGGAGCGACUUUUCGUUCUUUCUUGGUUCCUGAGCACGUCAAAUACAGCAAUAUGUUGGAGUGGCAUGCAUACAAGCCACAGACACACAAGCGAUGAAUAGACACUAAUUCAAUCAUCACAAACUACCGAACAACCCCCUUCUCAUAAUGCAUUACCUUGCACAACUAGCAUUCAAUAUUCGAACGCCAAUCCCACCCUCCCCAGACACCACAAACCCAGCCCCAUAAAUCCAAUCAUCUACCCCAAUAUCUAUACCCACCCAAGCCCCAUGUAUCCCCUACCCAACCCAACCCGACCUGACCCAACUAUACCCAAACCAUAUCCAUCU